AUGGAUCCAACUAACAAGCCCAAGGGUCCUUCGCCCCAUUACUCCCUGUACCAGCGCGAAGUGUUCAAGCUUGGAGGCGAGAAGGGAAUUUUGCCAAGCUUCUCAGUCCACCCCGACGAGCUGCAGGAGUCGACCAAGAAGAAACUUAACGACCGUGGAUACUUUUACGCUAACUCCAAUGCAGGCCUCGGUUGGACCGAUAGAGCGAAUAGGGAGGCCUUCUACAGAUGGCGUAUUAUUCCGCGUACAUGCGUGGACACCAACACGCGCGAUUUGACGACGACGAUCUUCGGACACAAGAUACCGGUUCCAAUUAUGUUCGCGCCUAUCGGUAUCAACAAGCUCUACUCGCCUCUCGGCGAGCUUAUUCCUGCUCGCGUCGCCGGUGAGCUCGGUAUGCCGGUGAGCAGUCCCGCAAAGACUAGUUGA